AUGGCGAGGUCGAACAAAUCGAAGAGUGGAGAGCGUAUAGGGAAGGGUAAAGUAACUCCAGUGCAAGUAGCUUUCCUUGUCGAUCGAUACCUAUGCGACAAUAGAUUCUUAGAGACACGAUCCAUCUUCAGAUCCGAAGCUUCUUCUCUCAUCUCCAAAUCUCCUCUUCGCCAAGUUCAGUGCAGUUUGAUACCUCUGGAUGAUAUUUUGAACGAAUACAUCAGCCUCAAGGAACAUAAAGUCAUUGUCGAUCAAGGAACAGUGAGGCUUGAUCAGGAGAAGACUCGUGUUCAGAAUCUAUUACAUGGGAUGCAGAAUGUCAUGAACGCUUACAACUCCACCGCAUCACCUCCUCAUCCAACUCCUGCAGCGAUUACGGCAGCUAUCCAAGUGGCUGCCUCUACUUCUCAACCGAGCAACGUCAGUGUCUCUCCUUCAGGCGGCAGAGUGUGCAACACACCUAAUCUUAUGGCAGCAUCAUUGCCCGGAAACAAAAGAGUUGGGAAUUUCACAGCACCUUCUAGCAGUCAAUCUAUAACCAAAAAGCGCAAGAGUCCUGAGGUUCCUGUACAAGAUGUUCCUUCUGUUUCUAACAAAGAAAGGAGAAAGAUUCAACGAGCUGCUAGAGAUACUAACUACUUGACGUUUCAAACAUCAACCAAUACAAAAACGCCAGUGAAUAACAAUGUAACAAAGUGUUUGUUUACCAGCUCAGACGUGUCACCUCCGACUAAUUCAGCUUGUCUGAAGACACCACAAAAGGAAGCCUCUUCUCAGAGUGAUGUAUCUACUACUCCUGCAAACUGCACAAUCGUCACUAAGGAGAGAAUCACAGUCAGUCCUCACAAGCAAAUGACUUCUUAUACAAUGGAAAGGAACGAGAUGGUUUCUUCUGUCUCCCCGGUUCAGUCUAAUGCAAUGAUGUCGAGUAAAAGAGAUCAUGUGAAAGGAAGGCUCAACUUCGAUGACACUGAAGCAACAAUGAACUUAGAUGCACCACCUGCUUCUGGGGAUUUGGUCUCAACUUCUUCAUCUGGCUCUGAACCAGAAGUUGAUUUGUUUGACAUAGAUUUUCUGAGCGACAACUUUCCAUUCUCAGAGGUGCUUGUCGAUUUCGAUAUUGCUUGUCAAGGAAUGCCAGAUCCUUACCUGACACAACCCUCAAACUGUCACAUAGAGACUGCAUGA